AUGUCAUCAUCUUCAUCAAAUAUUUUCAAUGGUGGUACAAUUAAUCUAAGUAAUAGUAAUAGUUCUAUCUUACAUGAUAAAGAUGAAUCUGUAAAUGAACCAGUAAAUCCAUUUAAAAAUAUUCAAGUUCAUACUUAUGGUCAUAAACCAAAUGUUAUACCACCUUAUGUUUUAGAUAAUGUCUCAAAAGCAUAUACAUUAAAAAAUGUUAAUAAUAAUAAACGAAAUUCAAAUGCAUCUGAUGAUAUAAUACCACAAGAACUAUUCUUGGAACAACAACAAGAUUAUGCAAAAUUAGAUGUAACACAAAUUUAUAAUGGUGCACAACAUGAUCCAUAUAUAAGAUCAAUUGAUGGUAGUUGGUUUAAAUUUAAAGAAUCAAUACGACAAAAACCAGCAUAUACAAUGGAUAAAUAUGCAAUAGAUCCAAAUUAUUUAAAUGAUUAUGAUUUAAAAGAAAAAUGGAAUGGUGAUGAAAGAUUAAAAAAUGAAUUUAUAGGUCCUGAUAAUUCAAAUGAUUUUGAUAUUGAACCACCUCCAUUUUGUCUAAGAUUAUUUGGUGUAAAAGAACGUGGUGAAAAUGAUACAAAAAUUAGAUCAACUGCUGGUUAUUGGAUGGGUGAAAAUAGAUCACAAUUAAAACCAACUUUAAAGAAAAUAUUCUUAUUUAAUCCUUUGGUACCAUUAUUUUUAAGGAUUUUAACUUUAAUAUUUUGUGCAAUUGCUUUAGCUUUAGCUUGUUCAAUUUUUGUAUUUUCAAAAAGAGAUUAUGAUGGUCAUUCAAUUGAACAAAAACCAUCAACCAUAAUGGCAAUAGUAGUACAAAGUGUUGCAUUAGUGUAUGUUAUUUAUAUUGCUUAUGAUGAAUAUAGUGGUAAACCUUUAGGGUUAAGAGAACCAAUGAGUAAAAUGAGAUUGGUUAUGUUGGAUUUAUUAUUUAUAAUAUUUUCAAGUGCAAAUUUAUCAUUAGCUUUUAAUACAUUAUAUGAUGAUGAAUGGGUAUGUAGAGAAUUAAAAGCUCCAUCAUAUGUUGGCAAUAUAUUUCCAGUUGUUUCCUCAAUUUGUAAAAGACAAAGAGGUUUAGCAUCAUUUUUAUUUGUUGUUUUAUUUACAUGGGUUUUAACAUUUACAAUAAGUUUAUUAAGAGUGAUAGAUAAAGUGAAUACACCAGGACCAGGACCAAGAUAA